AUAUGCGUACACGACCAAAGGUCUUUGCUAAUCAACGAAAGACAGCGUACUGUUUUACAUUUUAUUUUUAUUUGGCCUUCGACGCUGCUACACACUACAACCAUCACAUUAAGAAGUUUUCAAAUUACAAAACACGAUGAUCUUUUCCAGCAUACGAACGACGUACGGUACUGCAACGCCAACUGGAGCAAGACUGUGAUCAAGAAGUCGCAGUUGCUGAAAAAUAACAGCUACAAAUAAAAUAGUGUCAAUAAAGCUCGAAAUAGUAAUACAAAUUUCUAAACUAGAAAGCUUUGCGAAACUAGACUAUAAGGCGCAAAGUUUUUAUUAGCCCCCAUGGGGGCUCGCGUACUUCUCGAUACCAGCGUAACAUAUGAAAUAAAGACAGAUUUUGAUUUUUUAAAUGAGGAGUGCUCCUUUGAAAGUAGUUGUGUUGACCUAAAAGACAUGAACACAAUAGUCAUAUCAAUUUACAGAAUUCCGGGAAGUGCAGUAACCGCAACUUUCUUGUCCAAACUACAGUAUCUUCUUACUAAACUUAAGAAAGAAAGUAGGAAAAAUAUCAUCACACCAGCUGAUUUUAAUGUAAAUAUGGCAGAUUUGUCACAAUCUCUUCUUUUUCUUCGUCUGGUGCCAUAAAAAGUCAGCACUAAGUGAAGCAGCUGUACCUAGCCUUUGGCUUCUCCUCAGGCAGUGUUGAUCAGCUGCAACUGUUGUUGGAAGUUCAGUGCCUGCUGCUGUUGGUGCUGUCGGUGACAUGUUUUCUCAUACAGUGACCAUGUUUGCUUUUUUUUACUGAUACUGUUUCUGCUGGAGGUGGAGCUGCUGCUGUAACUGAUGUUGGUUUUUCCUCAGCUACUGAUGGUUCUUCUGCUUUUGAUGUAGGUAUAAUUGUUAUUGCUGUUUCUCCUGUUGUUGUUGUCAUUGUAAAAAUUAAAAAAUGCCAGGAUAGACAGUCACCUAAAAACUUUGCAAUAAUUAGAAAAAAAAACGGAAGCUAUAUUUUCAUUUACCAAUAACAUUUUGGAAUGCUUUGCAAGAAGACAUUGCCUGUUGGCAUAUUUUGCAACCUGUCUAAGGCUUUUGACUGUGUCAAUCAUAAGAAUUCUUAUACCGUAUUACUUGCAGAUGUUCUGAACUGCUUCUUUAUUACUAGCUCUGUAUCAUUUACCAGUCAUGACUGGACAUUUCACAGUAAAUUCUCUAUCAAUAAACUUCAACAAAAUCAAUUAACUUCAUAUACCGGGUGAUCAAAAAGUCAGUAUAAAUAUGAAAACUGAAUAAAUCACGGAAUAAUGUAGAUAGAGAGGUAUAAAUUGACACACAUGCUUGGAAUGACAUAGGUUUUUAUUAGAACCAAAAAAAUACAAAAGUUCACCAAAUGUCCGACAGAUGGCGCUUCACCUGAUCAGAAUAGAAAUAAUUAGCAUAACAAAGUAAGACAAGGCAAAGAUGAUGUUCUUUACAGGAAAUGCUCAAUAUGUCCACCAUCAUUCCUCAACAAUAGCUGUAGUCGAGGAAUAAUGUUGUGAACAGCACUAUAAAGCAUGUCCGGAGUUGUGGUGCGGCAUUGGCGUCGGAUGUUGUCUUUCAGCAUCCCUAGAGAUGUCGGUCGAUCACGAUACACUUGCGACUUCCGGUAACACCAAAGCCAAUAAUCGCACGGAAUGAGGGCUGGGAACCUAGGAGGCCAAGCAUGACGAAAGUGGUGGCUGAGCACACGAUCAUCACCAAACAAUGCGCGCAAGAGAUCUUUCAUGCGCCAUCUGUCAGACAUUUUGUGAACUUUUUUUUUCCCUAAUAAAACCCCAUGUCAUUCCAAGCAUGUGUGUCAAUUUUUACUUCUCUAUCUACAUUAUUCCAUGGUUUAUUAAGUUUUCAAAUUUAUACUGACUUUUUGAUCACCCUGUACAUUCUGAUCAUAAAAGCUUACAGAAGACAAAUGUUGCACAUGAGAGCAAGCAGAUACAGAAGGUCCAUAUAGAUAUAGCCUUAACUGGGAACAUCACACCCCAAACCUUGAAAAGGCUUUGCUCAGCAACAUUUGCCAUCUGCAAAUCUCCAAAAUCAGAGACAUCAGUGUCUCAAAGUCUGCCAACUUUGGCUACUUCCAUUCAUUUAUGUGUUACAGAAUAAAAAGUCUUUGUUAGUCAGAAAAAGGUUGUCCAAGUUUUGUAUGGAGUGCCUCCAAGAACCUCAUGCCAUAAUCUUUUUAAGCAAAACGGGACACUAACCACUACAUCACAACAUCUCUUUUCAGUCAAGGCACUCAUGCUUCACAAUCUCUCUCAAUAUUAAACAAGUGGAUCAUACCAUAAUCAUAACUCAAGAAGGAAAUGUGAUAUACACUGUGACCAGAGAAAUUUGUCUCUGGUGCAAAAAGGUAUGGAUAAUACCAUCAUCAUAAUUCAAGAAGGAAAUGUGAUAUACACAGUGACCAGAGAAAUUUGUCUCUGGUGCAAAAAGGUGUAGAAUACACAAGCACAAAAGUCUUCAAAGCACUCACAUGUAAUAUUAAGUGUCUACGAUGUAAUAAUAUACUAUUUUAAAGUAAGCUAAAGAUGUUCUUGCUCGAAAAAAGUUUCUGUUCUCUAGAUGAAUUCCUUACCAGAGAUAGAUAAGAUUAUUACUCAUGUAUUUCAAUGCUGCUGCAAUUACAUUAAUUUGUGUU